AUGAUGCGAUUGGAAAAGCAGCGUUCCAAGACUUCGUUCACUGCUACGCAUCUGGUUGCUGUCCUCCUACUUGGUUAUCUUCUCGGAUACUAUCGAGGGAAUCGAUCAUCUUCAAAAAUACGAGACAGCAACAACCAAAAGAGUACUCUGGUAUCUGGUAGCUUUCAACAGUUGGAAUCAGUGCCUGUCCGAUCCACUGCCCAUGUCGAUGACCAGGGCCGUCCCAUUACCAAGCAACAACUGAUAAAUCCCUUUGUGCUGCCAAGAUUAGCUGGAAUCUCUGUUGCCACCUUGGAAUCUGGACAAACUGUAGCAAAACAUGAACACGACAGCAUGCAUGAAUUCUUUUUCAUUUUGCAAGGAAAAGCUACCUUUCGAGUGGCAAAAGCAGCAGUCAAGGGCGCAAUCGAUCAACAAGUAGUAACUGUUUCCAAGGGAAGCUUUGUUCACUGUGCUCCACAUGAGACGCACGAGAUUGUUGGGCCUUCUGAUCCGAAUGAGGAACCCCUGAAAAUGUUUGUCGUUGGUGUCACAUUGGAUUAG